AUGGCGCCCUUGGUAACGUUGGCCACUUGUGCGCUGAACCAGUGGAGUCUGGACUUCGAGGGAAACCUACGGCGCAUCAAGCAGAGUAUCAUCAAAGCCAAGGAGGCCGGAGCUACUCUGCGUGUUGGUCCUGAGCUGGAAAUCCCAGGUUAUGGCUGCUUGGAUCAUUUCCUGGAGACAGAAGUCUACGAUAACUCAUGGGAUUCUCUAUACUCCAUUCUGACUGACUCAUCUUUGCAUGGUAUCGUGAUCGAUGUAGGUCUGCCUCUGCUCCACCGCAGCUGCAGAUAUAAUGCGCGCGCCCUCAUCCUUGAUGGCAAAAUCUUGUGCUUCCGCCCAAAGCUGUAUCUUGCCAAUGAUGGAAAUUUCCGGGAAAUGCGAUUCUUUACCCCGUGGAAUAGGCCAAGGCAUGUGGAGCAGUACUACCUUCCGCCUCGCAUCCAGAAACAUCAGGGAUGUCGCCAUGUCCCCAUUGGAGACGUUGUUCUCUCUACCAUUGAUACUUGCCUCGCUGCUGAGACUUGCGAAGAGCUCUUCACACCCAACAGUCCUCAUAUCAACAUGGGUUUGAAUGGAGUGGAGAUCUUCACAAACAGCAGUGGAAGUCACCACUCGCUCCGAAAGCUGAAUGAACGAAUUGCCCUGAUUCAGGAAGCCACUCGCAAGAAUGGCGGCGUUUAUCUGUACUCUAACCAAAUAGGAUGCGACGGAGAUAGAUUGUACUACGACGGUUGCGCCAUGAUUUUUGUGAACGGUGAUAUCGUGGGCCAAUCAAGCCAGUUCUCGCUCAAUGAAGUGGAAGUGGUUGUCGCAACAGUCGACCUUGAGAAAGUGCGAUCAUACCGAUUUGCCCCUUCUCGUGGUAUGCAGGCUGUUGCAGCACCAGAGUACCAGCGCAUUGAGCUUGAUUACUCCCUUUCUCACGAGAAUCUCGAUCUCGAUCUCGAUCAGGGUCCUACCCCUGCCCGACCGGCGCGAUACCAUCUUCCUGAGGAAGAGAUUGCCCUCGGACCUGCCUGCUGGCUUUGGGAUUACCUUCGUCGCUCCAAGGCAGCCGGAUUCUUCGUCCCGUUGUCUGGUGGAAUCGACAGCUGUGCCACCGCUACGAUCGUUUACUCUAUGUGUCGAUUGGUUAUCGCCGCAAUUAAAGAGGGCAAUGAACAGGUUAUCGCAGAUGUUCAGCGUAUUGCGGCUUAUAAGCCUGAGCUACCUGAGACAGCGGAGGAAUUGUGUAACCAAAUCUUCUACACUUGCUAUAUGGGAAUGGAGAAUCAGAGCAGCAAAGAAACACGGGUUCGAUCCAAGGAUCUUUCCACACGCAUCGGAUCUUAUCAUACCGAUGUCAACAUUGAUGAUAUGUUUCACUCUACUAAGAACAUUCUCACUCAGGCCACGGGCUUUACGCCAAAGUUCAAGGUUCAUGGAGGAUCUCAAACGUCUAACCUGGCGCUUCAGAACAUCCAGGCAAGAUCCCGAAUGGUUCUUGCCUACUACUUUGCUCAGGAGUUGUGCGAAGUUCGCGAACGACCUGGAGGUGGUGCCCUCCUUGUCCUUGGUAGCUCCAACGUAGACGAAUGUCUUCGUGGAUACCUUACCAAGUACGAUUGCUCAUCCGCAGAUAUCAACCCCAUUGGUUCAAUCAGUAAAACAGAUCUCAAGCGAUUCAUUGGAUGGGCUGCAAAGGAUUUCGGUAUACCCAUCUUAGUUGACUUCCUAGAUGCUGUUCCGACAGCGGAACUUGAACCCAUCACCGCCAACUACGUGCAAAGCGACGAGGUCGAUAUGGGAAUGACCUACGCCGACUUGUCCCGCUUUGGAACACUGAGGAAACUGGACCAUCUCGGACCAUAUGGGAUGUUCUUGCGUCUACUGGAUGAAUGGGGUGGCGAGGGGGACGGCAAGCUUGGCCCCCGUGAAAUCGCCCGAAAGGUGAAACUGUUCUUCCAUUACUAUCAGAUUAACCGCCACAAGCAGACUGUUGCCACACCCGCCUACCACGCGGAGAGUUACAGCCCCGAUGAUCAUCGAUUCGAUCUUCGGCCGUUUGUCUACCCACCUGGAUUUGAGAGCUGGUCGUUUAAGAAGAUUGAUGCACGGGUGGAGGCAUUGGAGCAGCGGAAGCAGAAGCAAAAGCAGGUGACCUAG